AUGGCUGACUGUGUGCCAGAAUGGCGCGACUUUCCUGUCUGGUCGAAUGUGCUGCAACUGGUUGCUCGAGUCUCAGCAGUAACAUUCAUUGGGCCUGCGCUGUGCCACGAUAAAGAUUGGCUCGACUUGUCCGUCCACUACGCCGUCGAAGCUUUUGACUGCGUGCGUGCCUUGCGCCUGUGGCCAAAACUCACACAGCCUUUUGUCCACUGGUUUCUUCCCGAGUUCCGUCGACUCCGCGGACGACAUGGUCAAGCCCGUCGCAUCAUCGAAGGCGAAUGGAAGAGGCGUCAACUUCUUUCUGCCUCGGGGAAACACGAAGUGUACAACGACGGGAUGCAGUGGCUCCACGAAACGGCAAAGGAUCGUCCCUUCGACAGGACCGACUCACAACUCACCCUAGCAUUUGCUGCCAUUCAUACAACAUCAGACCUUAUCACCAAGGUUAUUUUCGAUAUUGCCGCUCACCCAGAGAUCCUUGAUCCGCUCCGAGAAGAAAUGGUUGCUGCACUUGCCGGUGGAUUCACAAAGUCGGCUCUGUAUAACAUGAAGCUCCUUGACAGCGUCUUGAAGGAGUCGCAAAGGCUUAGCCCAUCAUCAUACGCACCCUGCACGCGGAAAAUCGACAAAGAGUUCAAACUUUCGGACGGAACUGUGCUUCCCAAGGAUGCCCAACUUGCGUUUACCGCAAACCGCAACUUCGAUGCCAGUGUUUGGCCCAACCCUGACAACUUCAACCCCUACCGUUUCCUCGAGCUUCGCAAUAAACCCGGAAAAGAGAAUGCCUGGCAGUUUGUCACUGCCCAAGUCGAUCAACUGGGGUUCGGGACUGGCCAACACGCAUGUCCGGGCCGUUUCUUUGCCUCGAAUGAAGCGAAGAUCGCCCUGUGCCAUCUGCUGCUCAAGUACGAUAUCAAGCUAGCAGGUGCUGAGCGACCCAAGAACAUGACCAUCGGCGCUGAGAUUGUAGCUCCUGUUCUUGACUCGAUUCGUAUCAAAAGGAGGUACGAUCUCGAGGCUGCGUUACUCAAAUAA